AUGGAUACAAUCGCACCAGCGGCAUCCGACACCUGCGGCUCAACUGUCAACUAUGGCACUCAUUAUCAAAACUACCGCGAAGCCCUCUGCUCUACUCGUGCGACAAGCUCACAGCGCACGUGCGACAACAAUGGCUACAACUGCGAACCCUGCCUGUACGACUUUGGUCCGAUAAUCUGCAGCGCCACCUGCUUAAGCGUUGCCGAGGUCUCCCAAGCUUGCCUCGCGAGCUCUGCCAGAAGUACUGGCAGUGGAUAUAGGGCAACCGCCACCACUUUGCUCGGCACCAGGCAUCCAAACGGUGCCGAACGCUCACGGAGCUCGUCGAGCAUCUCGACCGCGUGGCGCAUGCACGGCGAGAGCGGGACGCCGCAUGGCACCGCCGGCGGCGUAAUCAAGAUUCGCGCCCUGCUAGAGAGCGACGAUGAUGUUGAAGGUCGUGAUUACGCUAUUGCACCCCCUGACAGCGUAAACGCUUCUCCAUCUGUGGAUGGCCAAGACGAGACCAUGGAGAGCCUACUCGACUGGGCCAAUUUCGAGUUCGAGGAGCUGGCAACCAAUGCCUCACCAGUUUUGGAUGUCGAAUUGGAAUUGUCGACCUCGACAGCUGCGGUUGGGCAAGAGUGCAGUGGUAACGACAUUGUGGCGAACACUGUGCAGCCGCGUGAUGGUGUGACUGAUUGCCUGAUAUGUAUAUGCCCCCUUCGCGGCCAAGAUACGGGGGUGAAGCAUGACCCAAGAUGCGCCAACUGCCGCGCUGCGGUGCAAAUUGAUGUUGAUGAGGAUGAGGUAGUGGUGGUGAAGCAUGUUCCCGCCCCUCCAACGUGCUUCGUCUGCAACAAUGCCAUCACUGGUAUCGUACUGGAGGGGUCGCAGUGCGACCACAAACUGGACUACGAAUGUCUGAUAUCCUACAACAGGACGUAUUUGGGCCUGACUAGGCACAGAGAUCUCCUCUGUCCUGAGUGCAAGUUCCCGUUUCCUGUUAACCUAUUCGACAGCGACAGUGAAGGCGACGACCACCAACCAGACCAAGCAUUCGAAUACGAUGGGUCAUACGAAUCGGAGGAAUCGGCUUCCGACGCAGUGGAAAGAACUGCCAGCAGCUCAGAGGAGUACCACCCAAGCGACUUCAACAGCGAGUUGGAUGACUCCGACGAUGAUUACCACUCAGGCGAUGACUAG